UCGUACAAAAAGAAAAUGGACGCAAUAGUAGGCCUUUCUGAUCUGCUUGAACAUGCAGAAUCAAAUUUGGAACAUGAAGUCAGUUUGACUUUUCCUUUUCAUGACACCGUUUAUUCGUUUAUCGAAGUAAUUGUGUGUACAUGUUAGGGUAGUGUCUUCAUUGACAUUGUGACUGUGUUUUAAAGAUGGUGGACAUUUCACGGUCCGUUUCCUAAGAUCUAUAAUCUAUAUAAAAUAAAUGGACGCCUAGGCUACUGUUGUGAGGAAGACUUAACAAACAAUAACAAUGUAUUUAUUUAAAUUUACUUAACUUUGGAAAUGAUAAUGCCUCUGGAUGUAUGAAAACUUGUGAUUUAUUUGUUCCUUGUGGAGAAGGUGUGAAUCUUGGGAUUGAUAGCAUAGACGGCAUAGUUGUUAAAGGCAAGGUGAACCUAGAUCUAUCAUCUAUGUCUAGAUCUAGUUCUGAGACUAUUUAAUCUAAAUCUAGAUUAGAUCUCUUUGCACUAGGAGUUUAUGGGAUGAUGGUGAAACAUGACCGUAGUAUAGGUAGUGUAAGUGAAUCUGUGGGUGUUGAUGAGGAACAUCUGUCAGUAAAAGAAGAGCCCAAUUUUGAAUGUUCGUGUGACGUCAAGGCCGAGACAAAUGACAAACUGAACGUUGAAAGUGAAAGUAGCCUGACUCUCAGACGCAGUGUAGUUAAAGGUGAGCCUAUCUGUACGGAGGAGGAAGACGUGAAACCUGUCAUUAAACCAGAGUGCCUCACAGAUAUCUGUACAGUGAAAACCGAACCACUAUUUGGACAUUUUCCUGACUUUGGUGAUGAAGUGAAACCAAAAGUGGAGAAUUUUGUGAAAGAAGAAGUGUCAGAAUGGGAAGGUUCAGACGUUGUAGAGGUAGGAAAGACAGAAGGACAAGUGGGAGAUGUGGAGGAUACGUGUGCUGAGCCCGUGUUUGUUGAGGAUCACAUGAGUCAGGCUGGAGGACUACAGCUGCAAAUCUCCAAUGUGAGGAGCUUGUGUAUGGAGCAGAGUGCCAGCCCCGACACUGAUGUUGUUGCUUUCAGUAGUCCAACUUCAACUUUCUCUGCCGAUCCAGUCACAAGUUCAGGAUCUGUUGUCAGGGCCAGCUGGGAUCACGGUGAAAGUUCUGAUAUCUCGACUUACCCUCAUCAUAGGCCACUGACUUCCUGUUCUCCGGUACAACAGACAAGUGAUAUGCAGAAAAGACAAGGUCAAAGUUCAACCUGUCGAUUUCAGACAGGACAAAGGGUCUAUGAAGAGAAUGUUGGCAGUGUCCGGAAAGAAACCUCUUCUGGUGACAUCGGUGCUGUGGAGAGAGUCUGUGACCUCCAUCAGAACAUAGCAGGUGACAAGCAGAUGGACAACAGAAAUCUCUACCAUGGUCGGGAUAAACCUCACGAGUGUAAAGUCUGUGGUGAAAUGUUUUCAGAAGUAGGUAACUUACAGACACACGAAAAAAACCACACAAGAGAUAGGCCUCACCAGUCUGAAGUUUGUGGUGCUGCAUUUACCAAGAGCAGACAUCUGCAGGGUCACAAAGGAACACACACAGGAAAAAGACCUUACAAGUGUGAAGUUUGUGGUGCCACGUUUACACGUUGUAGAAGUCUACGGGAUCACAAAAGAACACACACAGGAGAAAGACCUUACAAGUGUGAAGUUUGUGGUGCUGCAUUUACAUGUGGCCCAAAUCUACAGCGUCAUAAAAGAACACACACAGGAGAAAAACCUUACAAGUGUGAAGUUUGCAGUGCUACGUUUACAUGUGGUGGCUCUCUAAAGCGUCACAAAAGAACACACAUUGAAGAAAAGCCUUACAAGUCUAAAGUUUGUGGUGCCACAUUUAUACAGAGCGGACAUCUACAGAGUCACAACAGAACAUGCACAGGGAAAAAACCUUACAAGUGUGAAGUUUGUGGUGUCACAUUUACGCUGAGCGGACAUCUACAGGAACACAAAAGAAUACACACAGGAGAAAAACCUUACAAGUGUGAAGUUUGUGGUGCCACAUUUACACAGGGUAGCAGUCUAUAUUAUCACAAAAGAAUACACUCAGGAGAAAAACCUUACAAGUGUGAAGUUUGUGGUGCCACAUUUACAUGCAGAAGCAAUCUACAGACUCACAAAAGAACACACACAGGAGAAAAACCUUUCAAGUGUGAAGUUUGUGGUGCCACGUUUAUACAGAGUAGCUGUCUAAAACGUCACAAAAGAAUACACUCAGGAGAAAAACCUUACAUGUGUGAAGUUUGUGGUGCCACGUUUGUAUGCAGUGACAGUCUACAAAGUCACAAAAGAAUACACACAGGAGAAAAAUCUUACAAGUGUGAGGGUUGUGGUGCCAUGUUUGCAUGUAGAAGCAGUCUACGGAAUCACAAAAGAACACACACAGGAGAAAAAAAACCUUACAAGUGUGAAGUUUGUGAUUCCACGUUUACACAGUAUAACAGUCUACAGCGUCACAAAAGAACACACACAGGAGAAAAACCUUACAUGUGUGAAGUUUGUGGUGCCAGGUUUACACAGGGUCGUAAUCUACAAAGUCACAAAAGAAAACACACUGGAGAAAAACCUUACUGACGAAGCUGUCUGACGAUGGUGAUGAACUUACUUGGGCAUCGGUACUUCUCCGUGAUCCACCCCAGUCCUUCUGUGCUGACAGUGUCGAAGGCCUUCGUUAAAUUCACAAAGGUCACGAAUAAGUCAAAGUGUUGCUCCUGGCAUUUUUCCUGGAAUUGACGGGCAGUAAAGAUCAUGUCUGUGGUUCCCUGUUUGGCCCGGAAACCGCACUGAGUCUCUGGGAGGAGUCCCUGUUCA